AUGGUCUCGAUGCCGCUUGGUCAAGUUGUGAUGGAGGUUGCUUGGUGGAGAAGCGAAAUGAUGCGUAGCGGCGAAAGGGAGAUUCAUGCUCAUCAAUUGGCGACCCAAGUUCGUCGAGAGACGAUGGGCGGUACAAGCUCAUCGGUGGACGAUGUGCGAUACAAGUCCAUGGGUGGGCGAUGGGCGACAAGAGUUGAUCGAUGGGCGAUGAAACGUUGCUGCCGACAAUCAUCUUACUAUCUUGGCAAGGCCCAUACACACCACGUCUGCGUACUGGAGACUGAUCUUUUGAAGAUGAACAAGGCAAAGGCGCAGGCUCGGAGGAGACGCGAGGAGUCAGCGUCGGAGUCGGAGUUCGGGUUCGGAUCUUCAAUCCGAGAACCAGGACUAUCCACAUCUCCCUCCCCUUCCCGCCGGUCUUCCUGCUCGCCGCCAGCAACGCUCGAUCUCGAUGCCUUUACCGACCUGACCAUUUCGAGGCGUCCGUGGCUCUGGGGGCCGGAUGAGAAUGUACCUAAGCACCCUCCAUACGCUGCCGACACCUACGCUGCCGACCAUGACUAUGUGCGUCCGCUCACACCUCCAACCACACCAACCGCACGGGCUGAGAAUGAGGAUGAGGAGGACGAGGGCACUACCAUGUCUGCGCGACUCUCUGCUAUGAAGGAGAUGGCUACAAAGAUCGAGCAUCAUGAUGUUGCGCGCAAGUCCAAGCAUAACGCGAACGCCCUUGCCACUUCCGCCGAGACCAUGCAAGGCACUGCUUCACGGGCGAAAGCGCAAACGUUCAAGACAAAGGAGAAGCUGGUUCCGGUGCAGGCGCCGGCGAGGAAGGCGAGGACUAUCAUAAUCGACAAUGCCGGCAUCGUGCCCGAGCCUGAGCACAAUGCGAAAGCUCCAACUACAUCCAACAGCAUGAAACGUGCGCCCAUGCCAAGAACCCGCGCCGAAGAAGCCGCGAACAGCACUCCAGCGAUCCUGGUCUGGAUAGUCUUCAUCCUCUCAAUGUACGUUUGGGGUGCUUCGCCGUUCGCUUGCCUUUCAGCAGUCCAGCUUCCGCACGUUUGGCGCCCUGUCGAAACUCCUCUGUCGCUGCUGAAGACAUGUGCUUCGAUGCGCGUGUCAUCAUCGUAUGAGUACUUUGCGCGCGAGUCACCCGGCUUCUAUCACCCUCCGACCAGCAUAGCGAACCUGUCAUAUGCCCAACGCAUCCACGACGCUCUCCCCGUAGCUGACGAGGCCUCUUCAACAUUGCUUAUGGGCUUCAUAACCAAUACGGUCGCUGUAGAGAGACUUCUCACCAACGCACCUUUCAUGAACUUUGCCGAUUCCUGGAGGCUCUCGGAAGAGUACAAGAAGCAGCUUGGGGCCUUGACGCAGGAUGUAGGCGCCGCAAUCUCUGCUGUACUGGACAGCACCUCCGACAUGAGCUGGCUUCCAGAUUCUGUCGCCGAUCUCGUCGCUGCUGCAAUCGGCAAGCUCUCGUCCUCUAUUCUGGGAAUGUCGCCAGACCAGCAAAAAAGCUUCGCUAUUGCUCGGAUUCUUUCCGCCAUCAAGACCAUGUAUCCAAUUGAGCAAAACCUCAUCGAACGCUUUCACUGGAAUUUGGAGAACACUGGCCGCGAUGCGGAGCAUGCACUUUUCCUCGCACGCUGGUACUCGCAAUGGUCACUCAACCAACUGUCAGCCUGGAAGAUCAUCCAAAUCCAGUCUCAGCACUUCGCAAACGUCGAGCUGGCGGAGGACCUGUCCCACGAGAUCGAAUCGUACAUAGCAAGCCUUGACCAAUGGCUCGCAUUUGUGAAGCCAUAUGCGGGCGUGGCAUACUCCGACGACUGGAUCACAUUCGAACAGCCAUCCGCAGGCUCAGAGGGCACCGCCGCGAUCCUUGGCUUUGCAGAGCAGGUGCUGCCCAGCGAUGGCUGGAAGGUGGAAGGUGAUGUACUUGACGAUCGCGGCAAGCUCGAAGACAAAUGCUGGGAAAGUUUGAAGAAGAUGGGAUUCUCUGAAAAGUUGACGAUGGUGGAAAUGCUGUGCAUGGGAUCGCUUGCCUCGGCCUACAGCAUGGCCGGCCUUCCUCCUUCCUUGUCCGCCUUCGAGACUUCGGCCUGCUGGUCUAACAUCAACAAAGUCUUGACGACUUCGCCUUCCAAGUUUUCCGUUCUACUUCUGGUGCUGGGACGAACUGUCUCCGUGGUUUCGCAUGAGAUACGGUCGAAGGAAAGAAGAGGUCGACGUCAGUUGCCCGCUUGUCGUAUUUGGACUGGCCAUGUGUGGACUGGUCGUGUUUGGACGGGUCACGUUGCGUGCUUUUCUGCGACUGCCACCCAAUCUACUUUCUGA